AUGGUUCUACGCGAACUGUGCUUUUUUGUUUGGUGUCUAUCGCUUAUCCUUCAACCUACUCUUGUUCAGGCUAACAGUCAGUUUUUUCGUCAUAUAUUUCAAAAAAAUGUGAUGAAAUUUGCAUUCGACUUUGUUUUUUGAAAUGCUUCUUGUAAAUAUAUAAACUAGUUUACACCGCCGUUUGGUGAAUUCAAGAGGAACCUAGGACGAUAAAUUCCAUUGUUUUUAAAUUAUAAGAGCGCAAUUCAUUUAUUGGCGUGUUCAUCGGAUAAAGAAGUUUAUUUAUUCCAAAAAAAGCACCAGGUCAAAAAAAUUCUGUUUCGAAGCAACUUCAGCGCGCCAACGAACACUUUUUCACGUUUCAAAUGAAAAAAAUUUCGCUCAUCAAAUUUCUUUAUAUAAUCUUGCUUCUCUAAUCUCUUCAAACAACUGUAGACUCCUAUUUUAUAUAUUUGUACACUGAAAUUGUUUCUUGAUUCGAAAACGAACAGGCUGUGUCGGGAAGGAGGUGAGAAAACUUCCAGAAGGGUGCACUUCAAUCGUCAGCCAUCAGUUGAUCGUUUCCGAUGUCGACGUCCAAGGUAAUUCUCUAUUAAGUUCAUUUUUAAUUUUUUUCAAAUAGAUUAUUUGUUUAUUGCGAACAAACUGCGCACUGUGGAGACGAUAAAUGCUGGAUUGGUUAUCAAGAACAUUCAAGUUGCUGACAUGAAUUUGUUCCCCGAGUUGAAAGAAGUUUCUAAUCCGGACGGUUUUCUUUUAAGUUUGAAUUUUAACCUCGCCUCAUUUUUUAGGCCAUGGCAUCAUCUUUGAGAGCAAUGAAAAUCUCUAUAAAUUCAGCUUCCCGAAACUGAAUCGAAUUUCAGCAGGGGUAGAUCAGUUUUUUUUUAGAUUUCCUAUAAUUUUUCAAUUUUUUUCAAAUGGAAAUAAAAUAUCUUCUAGAGCUUAAAGUCAUUGUUUCAUAGAAUUCGUUUUGAAAUUUAUUUCCGUUUUAAGAACUGCAUGCAGAAAAAAAAAUGACCGUUUCGUGAACCAAAGAUUGAACAUUUUCGGAGUUUUUUGUGGGAAAACUUAAGUUUCGAAUGCUUGAAUAUUACCAUUUUGAUGUAGUUUUUUUCUGCGAACUGUCUGAUAUCAGGUUCAAAAUUUCCAAAAUAAUUUUUGCGAGUCGAAACCGUUUAGUGAAAUCAUGAAGCUGGCUAUACAAAAUUUGUGAAGCCAAGUUGAAGCUAAUAUAAUUCUAAAUAUUUUUUUAGUCAACGUAGAGAUUUGAGCUGAUUCAGAAUUUUAUAGAAAACCUAUGAAAAAAACGGAGAGGCUCAAAAUUUGGACGGUUUUCAAAGAUAUAGCUACUUUUCGGAUGAAGAUUCUUAUCCUGAAAUAUUUUCGGUUGCGGGAUCUUUGUUUUUUAAUCGAUCAAAAAUCGUGGAACCAAAAGUUGAUUCAAACAUUUUUUUAGAUACACUGGAAGAAACAGCAAUCAGAAAAGUCUCGGGGAAAUUAUUGCUGAAUAGAAAUAUAUAUAGAAUUUUGAAAAGACGCUAUUGGGAUUUUUUGGAUCUAAAAACGUUUUCAGGAAAAUCAAGUGGCGAUGAUAGACGACAAAAUGUUCUACCGCUCCUUUUACACUCCGGAAACGUGAGUUUUCGAGUUUUUCGACGCAUCACCUGUAAAAAAAUAAAAUAAAUCCAUUUUUGCAGGUUUGAAUCGUUGUUCAGGCUACAGUGGAUGGUGAGCCAGCCGACAGGUCCAGGCACUUGUAAAAUUAUUUUCAAGGGCGUCCUUCCAGAAGGUGAUACAUUUUUUUUUUUCAAAUAACUAAAUAAUCGAAACUAAAAAUUACUAAUAUAUUCAAUCAAGUAAAUAAAAUUUUCUUUUUUUUUCAUGAUUUUUAAUUGUUAUUAAACUUGCAGAAACGAAAGAGGAUCGAACAAUUCUCGUUGCAAUGAUUAUUAUCUCGAUUUUCUUGGCGUUAUCUUCCGUUUUUGUCGGUUUUUCGAUCUGCAAGUACUAUGAAACGAAGAAAAGUUGGUUUUUGACUGAGAGUCAUUUGAUAAUAUUUUUUUAAAACAUAAUAAAAAAAUCAGAUCAACCCGACGAACAGGAACCGUCUAUAAAUCCAGAAAGUCUAAUCUCCUCGCAGAAAACGCCUUCUUCGCUCACAAACACUGUCAGUUGAAAAAUUAAACUUUUUUUCUAAAAAGAUAAUCUUUGACAAUAAAGAGUUUUUCAGAAAGAGCAGACGACUUCUAUGAGUACGAACAAGUCGUCGGCGACUUCUGUCUGA